AUGAAAACAGCCAGCUUGCUAUUAGAACAGUUCAAAUAUGAUAAAUCCCCAAUUAUAUCUUUUAAAUAUGAUCCAGAUAUGCCAGUACGAGUAAGAAGAAUAUUAGAGGCAGUGGGGGAUGAACGCAUUCUUAAAAUUCAACUUGGUCGUACACCUGUUCAAGAUUUUCCUCUGAAAGUGCUUGACUUAUUAAGCGAUUCGAAAUUCACUGAUAAGCAACUCGAACUUGGCUAUGAUGAGCUCUAUCAUAACUAUUUACUGAUAACUAUCGAAAAUAGUGGUGGACCGAAUGUAUUACAACAUCUAGUUGAACAUAUCGGACGAAAUACAACAGCGUGUACUGUUCUCAAGCUUGAGAAAGCACAACGUAUUGCUCUCAAAUAUCCAAUGCUGCCUGAUGAAAUCAUUGACGUAUAUGAUAUUCCUCUAACACCUAAUACGCCGUUGACACUCCAUCAAUUAAUUUCUACAGCAUCGAAUGCUGACAAAAAUUUUUACUUGUAUGAUGUUGGUACAAAUAAUAUGUGCCAAACAUUUGUCGAAAGCAUAAUCGAUGUCAAUGGUCUAAUGCCUAAUAUUGUUGAUCAAGCAACAUUGAGGGCCCUUAAACCCAUCGACUCCAAAGCAUUGAUUGGUACGCUAGGUAGUCGAGCAAAUUUUGUUAAAGCGGUUACUGAUUUAAGUGCCAAAUUGGACGAGAUGGUAUUCGAUCAUAAAAUACUGCGGAAAAGCGUUUCUCGAAAAGAAACUGACCAAUUGCAUCAUUCGGAUAGUACGGACUCGACCAGUGUCGAUGCUCUACAGGAUGCAAUUGCUCAAGUUCAAAAGAUUUCACAAUCGGUUCUUCAUGAAUUGUUGCCGUCGUCGGUGUCAUCACUGCAAGACACGCCUCAACAAAUAAUUGAACGGUGGGUUCGACUUUAA